CUCGACACCACCGGAAGCAUGAUGUACUAACAAUUUCGCGCCAAACCUGCCAACAGGGAAGUAAACACAGCAGGUGUCUGGUGUUGUAAACAAAUGUCGUUCGUAGUAGUGAUUGACGUUUUAAGAUAAAAAAAUAAUGGAAACACAGUCGUAUGUGCCCAUUCCUCCAGGGGUGGGAAUGGAGGAGAACUUCUUUUCCUUGGACGACAUUUUGCUCUCUCACGAAAGACUGGCUAGCCGAACAGAGUGCUCUUUCCCCCGACUUGGAUUUUUAGAGAAGUCAAGCGAUACUCGGGACAUUCCGGAGGGAACCAAGAUGGAGCUUCCAUUGUGGCUGGCCCACGGCCUGUAUGAGAGGAAGAGGAGAGUGGUAUCUGUGGAGGUGCCCAAAGUGUACCGCGAGGCCUGGAGGACCGUGUUUAGCGCCGACCCCACAGUGGUGGACCUCUACAAGAUGGGGCCCUACUACUACGGCCUGGGCUCCCAGAUGCUGCACUUUGAAAGCCCAGAGAACACAGAGAUCGCACAGGCUGUGCUGCAGACUUUCAUUGGGCGUUUCAGGCGGACCAUGGACUCUUCCCAGAAUGCCUACAACGAGGACACAUCAUCGCUGGUGGAGCGUCUGGACUGCCUGGAGAGGGCGCUGUUCAGGGCGGGGCAGUGCGGCCUCAACGCCUUCCAAAGCUGGGAGAGGGGCCGCAGCUCACAUCUAUCGGCCUCCAGCCUGGUGCUCAACUACCGCAAGAGGAAGAUGGCAGAACUGCAGGCCUGAAGGACACACUCCCUGCCUCUUAGACCAGGGCUGUGCUUCAAUGAGCUGUACAUGCCUCUUUCCCAUCAAGCCGUCUCUGUAACGGGCUGACCCUAACGGUGCCCGGGGAAGGCCCCCAGAGAGGCCAGACACCCGGCUCCAUCACAGCCUCUAACCUUCCAAACCUGGAAAUGUUAUGUAUGCUACAUUGUUUUAUUGAAAGUGUUUUUCAUGAAAAUAAAUGUCAGAAUGGUGAAUUGUAUCCAGCCAAGAUUGCUUUUUUUUUUUUUAAAGAAGAGAGCUCUCAGAACUGAGACAUUUAUCUUCUAAAAACACUCUAAACUACUUAGCUCCAGUAUCAGAUGAACUGUUUGUUUGCUGCACUCGCCAAAUUUGGCAAGAGUGGUGAAAAAGAAGUGAGUAAACUCUUUCAUGGUGAACUGUGUGUCCACUGUACUGGGGCAGUUUGUGUGCUUGGUUAACCCUACAGAGGGAGCUCUCCACCUGAGUUCAGACGUGCUCAUCAUGAGCUGGUGGUUACAGUAUUUAGAGUUUCCAGAAUUCAUUUGGUUAGUAGGUUUUGGCCAUUUGUUGUUUUCAUUAGUUUGGGUGCUGUUAAGUCCUGAUCCCUGAUUUUCUGUUGCACUUUCCAUAUACACUAUUUCUAUGUUGCUUUCGAUAAGUGUCUGCUAAAUGAAUACAAUGUAAUGUAAGUCACACCUUAGCACUUCAUGCAAACGGAUCAUCAGUGCCAUUCAAUUCUAAACAGAUAUCUAGUCUAGGUGUAGCUGGAGAUUAGCCUGUCCUAGGUACAUGGAACCCUCUUCUGUCUGCUAGGUGGAACCCUGGCCUAGCUAGGUGGAACCCUGGCCUAGCUAGGUGGAACCCUGGCCUCCAGUCCCAGCUGAUUGCUCAUGUGUUAAAUGGGGUGAGAUGAUGGGUGCUACCCUGCCGUCUGUUGAUUGAAGCUAUCGAUGUUCCCUAAGGGUGUGUAUGUGGUGCUAUAGAUCCCUGAAGCUCUGAUGCCACACAUGGCCGCGGGGUGGGGAGAAUGUCCUGGAACCUUCCUCUGUACACAGCCUUCUCUACGGGUUGUGGAGGGAAACCGGAGUGCACUCAGUUUCUAUUCGAUGCAUUUUGUGUCUCCAUAUAAGAGCUUAAAAAUCUGUGCUGCAGGUAAUACAAGGUUAUACUCAAGCCCACGUCUCUUGGCUGAUUCGGUCGCUUUGAUUAUUGUGUCUGUCCUCUGCUGGUGUUGCUGUGACAACUGUUAAAGCUCACUGCAGACAGCUGGAAUGGAGAGAAGCAGAGGAAGAGUGGGAGAGAGGACCUCACAAUGCCAAAAGAUUAUUCAUAACAAAGGGCAGAUUUAGCCAUCAGCCAGAAAUGGACACACAAUCCUCAGCCUCUGGUCUCGUCUAUUUUAAGAUUCCCUGACAGUGGAAUUCAUAUCCAGCCUAUUAGUGUACACAGAGCUCACAUCCACACAAUCAGGUUAGGGUUGAUACACAGUGUUAGUGAGGGACUGGAAGGGCACAGUUGUUUCAAUAGAGAUAUUACAAUUUUGAUAUCUGUGGAUGAGCCUUUAUUAUGAUGGUGGACCCAGCUGUACACUGUUACCAUGGAAUUAUCCCUCAUUAGGAUAUUUUUUGCUGAAGUAAUUUUGCCUGAAUAGCAGGUACAUUUCUAGUUGGGCAUGCUGCUCAGUUCCUGCCAAGCCCUGUUGACUUAGCUUUGAUAUCCACAGUGGAAGACUCAGGACAGGAGGGAGGACAGGAGAGGGGCAGCAACCACAUAGUGGUGACGAGAUGUUUGGAUUAGCCAUGUCUAAACCUACAGCCCCAUAAUCUUCCUCAAAUGGGUCUAAUCUUCCCUGCUGUCCUUUGGCUUCAUCCUGGAAACAGCCAAACAAUGCCAUGCCCCACACUGCCAUCUCCCCUUGAUUAGCCAGCAACAACUCCCUGUUUUACUGUGAUGAAGCCUGCAACACACCCUGCUCUACUGAAGCCAGCAACACACCCUGCUCUACUGAAGCCAGCAACACACCCUGCUCUACUGAAGCCAGCAACACACCCUGCUCUACUGAAGCCAGCAACACACCCUGCUCUACUGAAGCCAGCAACACACCCUGCUCUACUGAAGCCAGAAACACACCCUGGUCUACUGAAGCCAGCAACACACCCUGCUCUACUGAAGCCAGCAACACACCCUGCUCUACUGAAGCCAGCAACACACCCUGCUCUACUGUGAUGAAGCCAGCAACGCACCCUGCUCUACUGAAGCCAGCAACACACCCUGCUCUACUGAAGCCAGCAACACACCCUGCUCUACUGAAGCCAGCAACACACCCUGCUCUACUGAAGCCAGCAACACACCCUGCUCUACUGAAGCCAGCAACACACCCUGCUCUACUGAAGCCAGCAACACACCCUGCUCUACUGAAGCCAGCAACACACCCUGCUCUGCUGAAGCCAGCAACACACCCUGCUCUACUGAAGCCAGCAACACACCUUGCUCUACUGAAGCCAGCAACACACCCUGCUCUACUGUGAUGAAGCCAGCAACACACCCUGCUCUACUGUGAUGAAGCCAGCAACACACCCUGCUCUACUGUGAUGAAGCCAGCAACACACCCGGCUCUAAUGUUAUUAUGAAGGCUUUUCAGGUGCUCCAAGAUAUCACAUAGAAUAAAUGAACAAAGUCUUAACAGUUUAGCACAGAUGUCUUCCUCUCUAUGAAGAGGCAAAGACUAAACAGGCAGAAGGAAUAGUCUCACUAUGUUAGUGAUCCAUGAGUAAGCUACAUACACACACACCUUGAACAGCAUCUGUUAUAUUGGUUAUAUAAAACACCUCCUACAGCCCAAAAUACUCCGGUCCCCUAAAUGUCCUCCAACACUACAACACCCGCCUGGCUAAUCUAGGAGACAGAGAAGUGUAUGAUGGCUGUUGACAUCACCAAACUGGCAUACAGACAUCAAGUGUUCUUCCACAUUCUUGCCUGAGAUAACCCCCCAAGUUGAGAACACACGCUUACACAAACCCCCUUCUCACAUUCACCCUAACCCUAGAAAUAGCUAUAGCUGCAGAGUACUAAUACAGGGCAGUAUAGCUGCAGAGUAAUAAUACAGGGCAGCAGAGUUACUACAACUACUGUGGACAUGAAUGAGUUGUUUAGCCUCAGGAGGGUAACUGGUACAGGAAGUUACAGGAUGUCUCAAGCUAUAGUCUUUAUAAUAUAACAGACUUAUGUAGACCUAUGGGUAUUAUCUGCACUCCAACUAAGAAUGAUGAUCCAUGGUUCUCCAGGACUGGAUCAUGAGACCAUAGUUCUACAGGACUGGUCAUGAGGCCAUGGAACUCUUGCUAUAGGAGGGAACUGUAGAACAGUAGAACCAUGGAAAGUUACAGUCACAGUUCUAUUAUCAGUCCUGUAUGAGUGCAGCUCAAUAUCCAGGUCAAUAACCAGGUCAAUAUCCAGGUCACAUCGACCUCAUAGUUCACCAAAACAGUGACCUCAUCAAGGGACUAAUCGAUGGCUCAGGAUCGCAUCAUAGAAAAUCAUUGUACCUAGUUGUCUCUUUUGCCAUCAUAUGAUUAUCAUCAUAUUCAUCAUCAUAUUCAUCAUCAUAUUCAUCAUAUUCAUCAUAU